AUGUCCUCGUUUUUCUCGAGUUUUAACCCUCAAGCAUCACAAAAACUAUACGUUAAUAAUAACGCAACCAGGAUAAAAUCAAGAUCAAUCACUUCAUCAGAUGCCCCAAGCUCACUUUUCGAGAAUACCACUUCAAUAUCUACUUUCUCAAGUAACUCCACUUUAUCUUUUUCGGAAAAUAAUAUCAAAGUAAUCCAUGAAAAUGUUCAUUUAGAUGAAGAUAUCAUAUUUGAUGACAAUGCUAACGAUUUCUUAAAACAUAUAGAUCCAUACCCUGCUGAGUGCCCACUAUAUAAUGUCGCUAACCCUUCAACCAAAAUAUCUUUCCCUAUUUAUGAAUCUCUAUCACAUGGAAAUGAACCAUUACCUUCUUAUUCUCCAGCUGUUGAAGGUAUUUCUUUAGUUUCAAUGAAAUUAGAAUGGAAUUCUCCCUUCCAACCUGUAUCAUAUUCAUCACAAGCUUGGAAAAUAGUCAUCAUGGAAUUGAAUUCUACCCAAUUAAAUUUUUAUCAGAUAGAUGAAAAUGAUCCUCUACUCGACAAUAUUGUAAUAUCCAAACAAAAAUCUCAGAAAAUUUCAACAGCAACAGCAAUGAAACAAAAAAAGAAAAGUAACAACAGCAGUAGUGGGUUCCUCUCAUCAUUGAAUUCGAAAAUCCAUAACAUUAAUAACAAUAUAAUGAACAUGAAUUCCAAAUCACAACCGUUACCAAUUUCAACAGAACAGAACUUAAAAUCAAUCCAAUUAAUUAAUGCAAAUAAAUCCAAAUAUUUAAAUGAAAAGAAAAUCUUUAAAACAUAUUCUUUACAAUAUGCAAAAAUUGGAUAUCCAUCAGAUAUUCAAAAAAAUAAAAAACUAACUGACGAAGAUCAAACAUUAUUAAGAUUCCGUUGUGAAUCAAAUCAAUUCCUAUUGAAUUUCUCAACUAUAGAUGAUUUGAUUCAUUGGACUACAUCCAUCGAUAUCGGUAUUUCAAUCUCCCUCGAUUUACAAAUUAGAGAUUUCCCCACUUAUAGAAUAAUACCACGUAGAAGGAGAAGAAGAAGAAGAAGAAGAAGAAGAAGCAGAAGCAGAGGAAGAAAUACCAGUAAUAGAGGCUCACAACAAAAUAAAUCAUCAUCUUCUAACUUCGAUUCCAAUUCCAAUUCAAAUGCAAAUGGAACCUUGAAAUCAAAAUUCACUAAUUUCUUUAUUCCAUCAUUAACUUCAUCUUCAUCUUCAUCAUCGAAUGCCAAUACGAUAACUGCAAUUUCUCAAAAGAACAAGAAUGAUAAACAAAACUGCUCUCAAUUACGUAGAGAAAGUACUGUAUCAACAACAUCAUCAUCUUCUACUGAAGACCUAAAUAGUAGGGACGAUGGCGACGACGACGAUGAUGACGAGAACGCCACAAUACUUCUCGCAACAGACACUCAUACAACUAAUGAUGUCGCGAAUUCAAUAUAUCAAGAAGAAGGUAUUGAUCCAGAAGAAGAUUUCAAUUCUGACUCAGAUUUUGAAAAUGAAAAUGAAACUGAUGAUGAGGAGUCGUAUCUUGAUGAUGAAAAUGAUUACAAAUGGAUACCACCAUUAAAAGAAACAUCAAGGAAAAGAUACAUUAAAGAUUCUAUACGUUGUAUAAAGACAAUGACUGAAAAUCAUAAAUGGAUAGACAAGAUCAUCUUCACUCCAACAAAUCCACCAAGGUUUAAGACUAAUAAUCCAUCAAUUUAUGUAGGAAAUAAUGGAGUGGCAUUUAAUUCCAAAAACAUUAAUGAAAAUAUGAAAAAUCAUUAUUUGAAAGCAAAUAUUGUCGGAGUAUGGGGGUUAAUGAAAGCUGGGAAUAGAAUUAACUUGGCUUGGGAAGAUCUUUAUUCUCCAAAGGAGCUUUGA